CGCCACUGUAGUGUAGUUUGUAGUUCGUUUUGCUUCGUGAACUUGUGCGAUUUGUAUUUUUAUUAACUAGGAAGUAGAUAAUAACAAAUUUUAAGUGAAUAUUCUAUCAUUUAAUUCGACUUUGUCAGCGUAUUGAAUUCGAAUGUGCGAAAACCUAUCUUAAGUUAUCCUAAAUGAUACUUGUUUUGGCACUUCACCUGUUUGAAGAAAAAAGUGACGAAAUUUUACGAAUUCAAUUUUUCCCAAGUAAUAUAGAAGCAGGAGAAAGAAGUUACGCAUUUGCGUCAGCACAAUAGCUUACACAUUUUCAACAAUAAAUUUGUGGAGGAAUCAAAAACAAAGAAAUUGGGAAGAACGGAUUUGCAGUUCUUCCUUAUCUGUUACAAGCUCAUUUUAUACCAAUAUUAUUUAUGAGACACUUUUCUUAACACUUCAUUCAGUGUUGACAACCAAUUGAAAGAUAAAGUAUGAGCAAAGAUACUAGCAUCUUGAGUGAUCUGGCCCCAAAUGUUACCACUUCUACCACUACUGCAUCCCCUGCAGUUGCUACGCCAACGACAAUAAAAUUAAAUUUUAUGGCACCACCCCAACAAAUGUCUGCACCAAUGGAUCCACUAAGCCAUGUAGGAGAUGGCAUUUUUUUACAGACGAAAACCGCACAGGGCCUUGCUGGCAUAUUUGUCUGGGCAGCUCUCUUUAUAACAUGUCAACAGAUCUAUCAACACUUACGAUGGUACACAAACCCCCAGGAGCAACGUUGGAUUGUGCGUAUUCUCUUCAUCGUUCCCAUAUAUGCGACAUACUCGUGGAUAAGUCUCUUGUUUUUCAAUUCGGACAAUGUCUAUGUUUACUUCUUCACUGUCCGGGAUUGCUAUGAAGCAUUUGUUAUUUACAAUUUCUUGUCGCUCUGUUACGAAUACCUUGGUGGCGAAGGCAACAUAAUGUCAGAAAUUCGUGGAAAACCUAUAAAAACAUCUUGCCUUUACGGAACAUGUUGUCUAAAGGGUAAAACCUACACAAUAGGAUUUUUGCGUUUCUGUAAGCAGGCUACUUUGCAGUUCUGCCUGGUUAAACCGCUUGUAGCAUUUAUAAUAAUAUUCUUGCAAGUAUUUGGCCACUACCAUGAUGGCGAUUGGAGUGCUGACGGUGGAUACAUUUACAUUACUGUAAUAUACAACAUUUCAGUUUCUCUCGCAUUAUACGGACUGUAUUUGUUUUAUUUUGCAACUCGUGACCUACUAACGCCAUUCGAACCAGUCCUAAAAUUCUGUACGAUCAAAUCAGUAAUAUUUUUAUCGUUUUGGCAAGGUGUUGGCUUAGCUAUAUUGGAAAAAGCCAAAGUUAUAUCUCCUAUUGUCGACAGUGCGGGCACUGUUACCUCAGCUGGUACUGUAUCGGCCGGGUACCAAAACUUUUUCAUAUGUAUUGAGAUGUUAUUUGCCGCAAUUGCUUUGCGCUAUGCGUUUCCAUAUCAGGUCUAUGCACGCAGUUGCAUUGGUGAUGGUCAUGGGCGCUCGGUAACCAUGCAGUCAAUCUCGAGCAGUUUAAAAGAAACUAUGAAUCCAAAAGACAUUAUGACCGAUGCUAUUCACAACUUUCACCCGCAAUACCAGCAGUACACUCAAUACAGUUCCGGUGGAAAGAAUUCCCGAGGCAUUCGAGUUUCGUCCUACGACCCCGACGAAGUAAACCACAGUAGCACCAACACCACUCUCAAUCAAGUGAAUCCAAACUCCGCCCUAGGCUAUAUGGCAUCGAAAACUCUUGGCAAUCAGCGAAAAUUCAUGCCUGGUGGUCAACGGGUGGCAACGAUCAGCCAGAACUAUAACGAAAAAUCUAUGCUCUUGAGCAGUGACGACGAAUAUCAGUAGACUGCUCAUUCUGCAGAACCGCUUCAGGGCUAUCACUUCGAGGAUCUUAUCACAAAUUGUUGUUAUAUGUAUUAAUUUUGUAUUAACUUUUAGUUUUCUUCUUUUCUCAUUCGCUAGUAUAAGUCCUUUGUAAUGAUGCACAUACAUAUGAGUGUACUCAUAUGAAUAGUUAAGAAUUUUAAAAUAAGCAUUAAUAUUUUUUACGCAAUCGUCUAAUUCACAAAAAGACAAUAGCUUCAAUUACUAUUUAGUAUUUGCAUUAGAAACUUAUUUUUGAUCUAUAGUUGUUUUACAGACCAACACCACACAUACACAAAAACAAAAACAAACUAUCAGUCCGCCCAAUUUAAGUACGUAUUUCUGGACUUAAAAACGCCAUCUCGUGCUAUAAAUCGGCACUUAUUAUUUGGGAACUUCUUUCAAACUAAGAAGACUUUAGGAAUUUUUGAAUGUACUCUUAGUUAAAUAGAUAAGAAAUUGUCCGUCCCUCUCGAUAAAAUUUCCUGUAUUUAUUCCUCAGGAAAUUAAUUAGUUCUGAUGAUGUUUGUUCCGAUGGACUUUAUUGGCCACGAACCGUUUCUUGCAUUUGAUUCGAGUUUUUCAAAAAGAUUCACAGUAAAAUAAAAAUAAAAAAUAUUUUCAGAAAAUAUUUUGUUACUACAACAUUUUUAUAUUUUUGCAGAAAUCACGUAAACUUAAUAAAAUGUAAUAUUCCAAAGAAAAUCGAAGGGAUGAAUCAAAAUUAUUAAAAGGUAGUCAUUGUUGAGGUCUGGUCUUAUAUAGCAAGUUUUUAAAAGAUAAACAGCAACCACAUAAAUACACAAACUAAUUAUUGUAAACUAUUGUAAAUUAUAUGUAGUAAAAAAAAAAAUAAAAAAAUAAAUAAAUAAAAUAAAUAAAUAAAA